AACCUUUGUAUUGUGGCGAUGUUUUCGUCGGAAGGUAUUUUCCCGCCCUCUGCUCACAUCGUGCUUCCGGCGCUCGCUCACCGUGGAGAUGACUUUGAAUCUGAGGAAUAUUAGCGGGAUGCUGCGGCUUCUCCGCGUCGCGGGAGCGCGUUUAUCACAAAACACGGAGAAACGUGGUUUUGGCUUUCAGAGCUCCAGCAGCAUCAUUUAUCCUGCCAGUAAUGUUCCACAGACGUCACUCUCCAGACCGCCGUGGCCUGAACUACCUGCAUUUGAUCCUGAAGAAGAGGAAAGACGGCAUCAAGCGAUCGUGCAGAAGGUGAACGGGCUGAUUGAGAAGGGAGAGUGCGGACGCUUGUUUGCUGUGGUUCAUUUCGCCAGCCGUCAGUGGAAAGUGACCGAUGAAGACCUGAUCCUCAUCGAAAACCACAUUGAUGCGGCGUGUGGCGACAGCAUAAGAAUGGAGAAGGUGCUGUUAGUUGGAGGAAAUGAUUUCACUCUUGUUGGAAAACCACUUCUCAGCCGUGAUUUAGUACAAGUUCACGCUACGGUGAUUGAGAAGACCGAAUCCUGGCCAAUGGUUCACAUGAGAUUCUGGAAGAGACAUCGAUUCCAAAGAAAGAGAAUCAUUAUUCAGCCACAGACCGUAUUACGGAUCAACACCAUUGACGUCUCACCAAAACUGCUUUGACCAGCUGACAACGUGGUGCAUUUGCCAGUAGAAAUGUGCCAUAAUCAAGUUUCAUGUUUGAGACCAUGUAAAUAAAGUUUUCAGAUAUGUGUCUAUCAUUUUUGUCUUGAGCAGUGAGUCGCUGCGUAUUAUUGUGUAUAACGGUCUGUUGUGUGUCACAGUAAAUGUGUUUGUCUCAUACAGAUGGAACGAAUCCUUGAGUCUGUUGAGCUACUAAGAAGUCCAUGAUCGUUAGUGAUGACAAAAUUAAGUUUUGUGAAGCAGGGAACAGAUAAUGCAAUAGACCUUCAUCAGGCUAGAUGCCAUUUGAAUGCGUAUAAAUUAAGUCUGUGAGGAGCAGCUGUGAAUUC